AUGUGUCGGCUAAAACCAAUAAAAGUGGCUGCUCAUCCACAACCCUAAACCAACCCACUUUCUUUCUUAUUCUGUUGGUGGCUCUUUUUUCCUCCUCCCCUUUAAAUCUUGCUCUUGGACGUCUCUCUGGUGUGUUUGCUUCUAAAGAAUUCUUGGUCACCGGCGGCGGCCAUGGCUGAAACUAGAGGAGCAGCAGCUAGCUCCGGUGAUCAUGACGAUGAAAGGAAUAAUUGUCCCCGUGGUCACUGGAGGCCCGCAGAGGAUGAAAAACUCCGGCAGCUCGUCGACCAAUACGGGCCUCAGAACUGGAACUCAAUCGCUGAGAAGCUCCAAGGCCGAUCAGGGAAAAGUUGCAGGUUGAGGUGGUUCAAUCAGCUUGACCCAAGAAUUAACAGAAGGCCAUUUACGGAGGAGGAAGAAGAAAGGCUUCUUGCAGCUCAUCGGAUACAUGGAAACAAGUGGGCUUUGAUAUCCAGGCUCUUCCCGGGUCGAACGGACAACGCCGUGAAGAAUCACUGGCAUGUCAUAAUGGCAAGAAAGCAAAGGGAACAAUCCAAGCUAUGUAACAAGAGAAGUAAUUACCAAGGCUCUAUCACUGUUAUUGACUCCAAUAGCCUUAAAAACUGCAUUGGGAGUUGUCGGUACUACGGGUUCCAAGCCCCAAACAAUUCGGGCUCUUGGACGUUCACAAGGCCGGCGGGUUCAGCCACGAAAAAUUCAGCUUUGUUUGAUCCAUUUGGAAGAGAAUCCAGCUCUUAUUAUUGCACCACAGAGAGCUCAAACAGUUCAGACCAGCAGCAGCCUUUUCGCUACUAUCUGAAUUCUUCCAAUUCAGUCGGGUUCCCAAGCUACAAGAGGGUUGUCCCAAGCCCCAUUGGAUUCUCCAAACCAACAGGUGAUGAUCAUGAUAAGGGAACAGAUGGAAUGGAGAUGAUGAUGAUCAAGAGAGAUAUGCCGUUCGAGGAGGAACAGCGUGGAGACGAAGCCGUAAAGAGGAAGGACAUUCCCUUUAUAGAUUUUCUUGGGGUGGGAAUAUCUUCUUGAUCGCCAAAACCCUAAUUAUAAAACUUUAAUUACAUAAUUAUAUAUAUAUAUCAACAUAUAGAGAGAGAUGAUAGUUACAGGUAGCUAGCUUCACAUCAUUAAUUUUAAUUUCUUGUGGAUUUCAAAUAUUGCAUUCAAACAUCAUCUUUAAAUUAAAUCACUGGAGGUUUAAUUAGCUGUUAGUUUAAUAAUUAAGCUUCUGGGAUUUGCAGGCAAUUGAAGCACAUGCUUCACAUACACAUUUCUUGUUUUAUAUCAGCGAUGAAAUUGCUUGCUUCAAACUGCAUGAAAUUGCUUGAUAUGGAAGAAUGAUGUGUAUAUAUAUAGAGAGAGCUAUAUCUAUAUUGGUGAUUAAGAAUAUGGAAGAAAUGCUUCUAGUUGCUUGAUCAGUAUGCCAUCCAAUUGAGUCGGACCUUGCAUAUAUCUUUUCUUCACUAGCAUCAAUGGUAGAGUGGUUUGUUCCUCCAGUACUAGUGUUAAUCCACGUUCAUUCUUUAUGGAAACUAAGGACUGAUACAUUCUUGUAUAAGUGUUUCUUUUUAUUUUUUCCAAGGAAACUGCAGAUCUUCUAGAAGCUCUUCGAUGCUACUUUGAUCCAAUUUUAAGACUGACAUAAUGGGAAUGGAUGAGAGGGUCAAAAGAGCUUUUAUAGGUCCUGUGGGUGUGUGUUUUUGUUGGAUUGGCUUAGGCUGCCUCCCUGAUCAGAGUUGGGCGAAGUUCAUUUUGGUUUUGUGCUUUGUCAUGGGUUGGACUCUUCGGAGCUGUAAUUGGCUUAAGAUAGUUUGAGUGUGUGUCUUCUUGGAUGCAUGGAAACAUAUCUCUGCAUAUCCCUCGGACAGCACUCCCUCUUCCAAUUUGUAAGUUUGGCGGUGUUUGUGUCAAUCGGCUCAUGUUUGUUUCUUGUUUUCUAUGUGUUUUGUUAGUGGGGCUGUUUGUUUGGUUAGUCCCAUCUGCUAGCUGUUUGGAGCCUUUUGUUAUGAGCUCUCGUUUUAAUGCAUGGCUUCCUCGGGGCAACUUAGCGUCCAUUUUCAGGUAAAAAAAAACUGGGAAAACAUAAAACAGGUAUAGGAUGAAUGUGAUAACGUAUC